GGUUUCUACCAGAGUUCAUUAAUCACCUGUGGAUGGAGUCGGGAGGUGGGGCAGGUUUUUGUUGUGAAAUGAGCCAUGUAUGGUGUUACAGUCUACUGUGCAAGAACGGUGUUACAGUCUAGUCAUCAACAAGACCUGGGUGGUAGCUUGAAUUGGUAGUCGUAGCCGUCGACCAAGUUCCUACAGGCGUUCUGUUGCUGUCUACGUAUUCUCUACACAAAAUCCCCUGAGCCAAUCUGAUAACAUUACUGAAGGCUGAUGUCAGAAAACGUGCCCGACAAUCACGAUGUACCGGCAGUACCGGACCCAGAUGCUAGGGGCGCUGCUGAGAACUCACAAUCAGAAAGAAGCAAUAUGACUGACGUUCCUCUGAACAACGGGUCCAUCCGGCCUCCUCGGUAUGAAUACCUAGAUGAAGAAUGCCAUGAUAAGUUCCCUGAUGUGGUCAACCUGAACGUGGGAGGGGUCCACUUCACCACUCUGCUGACCACACUUCGGUCCCAGAAGGACUCCAUGCUUGCUGGCAUGUUUUCUGGUCGGCACAAGAUCCAAAAGGACGAGGAUGGGCGGUAUUUCAUCGAUCGGGAUGGAGCCUUGUUCACAUACAUUUUGGCCUGGUUGCGGGCGGAGCAGAUGCCCCCGCGUGGCGCCGCCAGGCGACUCUACAGUGAGGCGCAGCACUACGGGCUUCUCACUCUGAUGGCAGCCUUACAGAACGUCCAGCCCGUGGCCAGUGACGUAGUGAAGGCCCAGUUCGUCUCCAAAGUGCCGAACUACAAGGAUCUGUUGGAACAGAUCAUCAUGGUGGGGAGGGAGCGGGCCAAACUGGACAUGAGGAGACAAUCACGCGUCCUCGUCACUUUCCACUACCUGAACGAUGGUCCACAAGUAAAGAUGCACAUGAUUUGCGAGCUGGCUCGACAUGACGUGGGUUUUUUGAAUCUCCCUCAGACUCUCGACGUCACUAACCUACUUAGCUCUAUAGAAUUCGACUUGGUGAAAGAAAGGGGUUUCAAUCUGAGUGCCACACUCUUAGAUACCUGCAAGGGGAUUGGCUACAUAUGUGGGUACAAGUACGACUUAACCUUCACAUGGUGGUGAAAACUGUUGCUAUUUUGGUGAAAUUACAAGUUUAACCGCUAGUCGGUGUUUAAAAUCAUGUUACCCAAGAUGCCUUUCGACUGCUGUUUGGGCAGAAUCUCCACAGAGCUCUCUGUGUGUUUUAUACUUUAUUUUAGUCAAUAAUGUUUAUUAACUGUUUUACACUGGCUACUUAAGCUAACCAUAAUGACAAGAUGCUUUUAAUGAUUCCAACACUGUUUUAAGACGAAUUAGCAAAGAUAAAUAAAUAUCUUUUAGGAGACGUAGAUAAUAUGUGGAAAGGAUAUGUAAACGAAGGGUCUUGUGUUCUACUUACUAAUAUGUAUAGUCUAACUAUAAGCCAAGAAAGAGACUUAUUUUACCUGGAUGAAUAUGCGUUGGAUAUGCGUUACGUAUAUGAAGUCUAUUUUUGCUGCUAAAUAUAUCACCGAACGGUACACAUUUGCAAAAUAAAUAUAUACGCUGUUACAUAUGUGACUUUAAUAUAA